AUGACUCGUGGCGAUCAACGUGAACGUGCAAGAGAAAAAAACGCGAAAAAUAACAAAAGUUCUCCAGCAUCAGAAAAGGAAGCGAAUAAAGGUUUAUCAUUGCAAGAACGACAAUUGCGUGAUGCUCAACGUAUGAGAGAAAAGCAAGAAAAAAGUAAAGCUACGGACGAUAAUGGUGGUAGGCCUGGUGCUACAGGCGGCGGUGCAAGCGCAACUGACAUGCAGUUUUACUAUGAAUCAUUUCAAUAUUUAUUUUCCAGAUACGUUCAUCUUUGCACAAUGGCCUCUGAUGAACAUAUUGAAAAGAAGGAAAAGAAACAACAAAGCCAAGGCGAAUCAUUACCAUUAUCGUUAGAAAAUGAAUUACCAAUUACUACAUCAUCUUGUCGUUGUGGACUAUUUCAGUCAUUUCCACCUGAAAUAUGGCUGCAUUUAUUUGGCUAUUUGGAUGCUGAUUUCAUUAUUACAAAAUUAAGUUUUGUAUGUAAAAAUCUACAAAUGUUUAUUUAUCAGCAGCAAUCAUGGUGGAAAUAUCGUUAUGAAAAAAAAGUAAGACAACCCUAUCGUGAACAUUCAGAAGAUGAAUGGACAGAAAUUUGUCAUGAUUUUGAAGUAACAUGUCAUGAAUGGAAACACAAUAAUAAUACUUUACCAUUAUCUGGUGCUCAUAUAGGAUCUAUAACCAGUGUAUUAAUGCUUGAAGAUGGCAAAACGUGUGUAACAGGAAGUCGCGAUAGUACUAUUUGUUGUUGGGAUUUGAGUCGAUUAGUUUGUUCAGAUACAAUGCCGUUAGAUACAGAUCGAGCAGGUGGAUCGACUUAUGUGACAAAAUGUGUUCAUGAUCCAACACAGAUAUGGAUUUGGUCACUAGAUCAUGAUAAUAAUAUAUUAUCAAGUUCAUCAUCGAAUUAUGAAAUACGUUUAUGGGAUAUGAAUGAAGAACUUCGAGAAAUAUCUCGUAUUAAACUCCGACACACAUUUGCAAUGUGCCAUCGAAUAGAAAAUUCAAAAUUAUAUGCUGGUCUAUACGACGGUCAGUUACAGAUGUAUGAUACACGAGUAUCGAAUGAAAAAAUUCAGGAUAUACGGGUAUCAUCAUCAAAAGGCUAUAUACAUACAUUAGAAUUAAGUGAUAAUUAUCUUCUCCUACUACAUAAACCAAAUGUAUUAUGUAUUUACGAUCAACGUACAUGGAAUAAAAUUGAACAUGUACAGUUAAAUAUUACGCGACGCGCAUCAUUUUUCAAAGACUCGUUAUUGUUUUUGGGCGACAGUGAUGGUUAUGUUCAUGUAUUCAAUUGGAAUAGAGAUCAUUGUGAAUUUGUUGAGAAAAUUAAGACGGACCAUGCGCAAGAAAUAAAUGCGCUUAGUCAUUGCCAAGGCAUUUUGCACACAUGUUCUACGAACACGAUUGAAAUUAAUCAACUGUCAUCGCCCAUUAAUUGUUUGAAUAAAAUUCAAACGGAAACGAAUGAUAAAUAUCUUUGUAUGGCUUCGAAUGAUUAUUUUCUUCUUCUCGGUGGUUCUGAAGAUCUCGACGAUACGAAUAAGAGAAAAAUGAACAUUAAAAUUGAAACGAAUAAACCAGUUACAUUUUCAAUUAAAACUAACGAUGAUCUAACAGAAUCGAACGAUAUUUCAAAUCCUUUUUCACACGUCCAUGCUCACAAUUCUUAUCAACAACAAGAUAUUUUGAUGUCUCGAAACAUUCCACUACAUAGUACAUCUCAAAGAGAUUAUAUUCAAUCAGCGUAUUCCGAUCCUAGUUCCUAUUGGAAAACAUGUUCAUCAAUGAAUGAUAUGACGUUAAGAUCACAUAUAGAUUGUAGCAAUCCUAAUUAUUUAUCAUCAAUGAAUUCUACUGAUACACGAUUAUCACCAUUAAAAAACUAUAAUACAUCAAUAUCAUCUUCGAAAAAUUCAGUACAUUUAUCAAAAACUCAUGAAAUUAAAACAGUUGAACAAGAAUGUUGUAACGAUUCAAGAACAUCUUCACAAACAUCGAAUGAAUUAAAUGAUGUCAAUGAUGAUCAAGAUGAAGAAGGAGACGAUGAAAGUGGAUUAGAUGAGAAACCAUUAGAUACUCAAAAAACAAAUACAAAUUCAACAACUUCAACAACAAACAAUAAUCGUAAAUCAAAUCGUCGAGCUGAAAAACCACCACUUUCUUAUAUUGCAUUAAUUGUAAUGGCUAUACAAAAUUCACAAACAAAAAAAAUGACACUAUCAGAAAUAUAUCAAUUUUUACAACAACGUUUUCCAUUUUUUCGUUCAGCCUAUCAAGGAUGGAAAAAUUCUGUUCGACAUAAUUUAAGUUUAAAUGAAUGUUUUAUUAAAUUACCAAAAGCUAUGGGACGAGCAGGAAAAGGUCAUUAUUGGACAAUAGCACCCGAAUGUGAUUAUAUGUUUGAUGACAAUUGUUUAAGACGGAGACCACGUGGCUUUCGACGUAAAUUAGCACCAACACAAAAGCCUUAUCCCGGUCUAUUAACUCAAGCAAAUUCAGCAUCGUCCUCCUCACCAAAUCAAGAAUACAAUUCGUCAGAUAUAUCAAGUGGCUAUUUUGGAAUCGAUUCAUGUUAUCCCACUUCGUCAUCAUCAAUAUUACCACCUUCAAUAUCGAAUGGUCAUCGAACAUCUCGUUGUCAUACAACAAAUACAAAUGACACUUAUGCAGCUGCAGCAGCAGCCAUGGCCAUGGCCUAUUCUUCCUAUCCAAGAAUGACAAAUCAUUCUUCAUCACAUUAUAAUCAAAAUUCAUUUGUAAAUAAUAAUAAAUAUUCUACAAUAGCUAACAAUGGACAAUUGACAGAAAAUGAAAAUGAAAAUCGAUCGUCUUCUUACGAUCUAAAUCUACUCUACAAUCAUCAACCAUUACCAACAACGUUAACAUCCAGAGAUGAAAAAAAUUCACCGUCAACAUCAUCUCAACAACAGCAACAUCCAGAGUCAAUGAAUAUAACAUGUCAUGGCUCUUUAAAUUAUCCAACACAAUCACAUUUUACCUCUUAUCCAUCGACACCAUUUCGUUUCGAUCCAAAUGAUCCCUAUUCUUUAACAUCGUCAAAUUUGACAGAUUUGAAAACUCUCAAUCAAAAUCAUUUUUAUCCACCUAAUAUUUGGCAUCUUGAUCAAAAACCAUUUUUACAAAGUUUAUAUUAUGAAAACAAUAGUCACAACGGUUCAUCGAUAACAACAAAUUCUUCUAAUCUAACUUUAGUUCCUCCUUCUACUCAGUCAACUUAUUAA